AAGCGUCGAAAUACAGAGUCAUUAGCCUUGCGUAUUUUAAGAGUUAGGCUAGGCGCUGAUGAGAAGCUGUCUGACGGAGGAGGAAGCAGUCACCGUUUUCUUUGCAGUGGGUGUGCAUGGCGGCGGCGGUGGCGGUAACACUCUUCCCGCGGACGGAGGGGGAUUCAGCGUGGACUUCUCAAACGUUACGGAGCCGGAGCACAUAGAGGAGGUACGCAGCUUUCAAGUGGAGUCCCUGCUGGCUGUCCCCUCCACCACCACCUUCACGCUGUUUCUCAAUGCGCAAGCCAGAGCCGGCCUGAUGCCAUGGAUGGAUGGCAACGUGAGUGCAGCUGACGAGGCCUUACAGCAGCAGGAAGAGGAAGAACAGACUCAGCAGCAAGUACAGCAACAGGAAGAACGACAACAGAACAUUGAACAACAACAGAAACGACCACAUGAAAAAGGAGAGCAAGAACAAGAACAAAAACAAGAACGAGAUGAAGAAGAGCAAGAACAUCAACAACAUCAACAUCAACAACAACAGUCACCUAUUCACAACAACGCCACAACAGGUGUUCCUCAGAUAACCUUAGCGGAGGGCAAUGAGAGCUUACCAGAAGAUGAGACACUCGGGCGUCGCUUCUUCGGCCUCUUGGACCCCAGUCUUAAGGUCAACUUGGAGGGGGUGAAGGAGGAGGACCUGAAGACGAUCCAGGACAUCAUGCACUCUGUCUCUCAGGGUGUCGACUCCUCUUUCCAGCCCACCAAUGAGGACUUUUGGGAUGUGAUGCGUGUCCUCCGCCUGCUGAAGACUCAUCGCUGGUUGACUCCUGACAGUGUGGUGCACCCGAAUGUAGGAGAAUUAGAGACUAUAUUUACUCACCUGCCGAAGCAAUUAGAGCAACACCUGCGGAACAUGACAAGGAAUGAGGAGGAGGAGGAGGAGGAGGAGGAGCAGCAGAAGGGGGAUGACACAACAGAACGGAGGCAAGAGGAAGGGCGUGGAAUGAAGGGGUCGCUUUGGCCUCUCCAGGUAGAUCCGAGUCACCUUGAGCACCUGAUGGCAAACGUUUUCUCAGGUACAAGGAACCCAGUCACGGACAUAUACGGCAAGCUGGCAGCGGUCGUUUACAUCACCAAGACGUUUGAAUCUCUGGGCCUGAUGGUGGCGGAGCACGUGUUUUCUGCCGCUGAGUACCUCCUCUGGUACUCUCAAGCUAUCGAAGGCAUCAACGUGGUCGGAGUGUUACCGGGGCGUCACUGGGGAACCGCUGCCGACGAGCCUCUGGUGGUGGGAGCGCAUCUUGACACGGUCCCCGACACCCCCGGCCUGGACGACAACGGUUCCGGGCUGGCGUCCAUGCUUGAGGUCGCUCGAACUCUCACCUCCAGCGGCUGUGACUUCGACUUCUCCGUUUUCUUCGUGGCUUUUGACCUUGAGGAGAUCGGGAUGCAAGGGUCACUCAUGUUCAUCAAAGACUUCCUGGCGAAGACCGUCAUGGACCAGUUCGGCAUUACAAAACUCACGGGCGCCAUUAUAUUGGACUGUGUGGCCAACUGGGACCCCCGCCCGCAGUCACAGGAGUUUCCCGAUUCCUGGCAGAAUCUGUUGCCUGACGCCACCCUUAGCGUCUCCAGCAGGAACUACACAGGGGACUUCGCGGCCAUCAUCUUCCGGAGCGAAGUUGACUCCCAUCUCGCAGAAAGGCUGGAGAGGCACUACAGGACUCGGGGGGAUCAGUACCGCCUGGAGCUGCUCAAGAUAACGCGGCUUGGCAAGACGCUGCCUCACGUGGACUACAUAUACUAUCACCUUAAUUUUCUUCGGUCGGACCAUCUACGCUUCUGGUACCUCAAUGACUCCGCCGUGCCCUUCACCAUCCCUGCCGUCCUUGUCACUGAUAUGGGACCUUACCGUGGCCGCAUGAGGGAGUGUUACCAUAGCCACUGUGACGGGCCCAUGGACAGUGGCGUGGUGGACCUUGGAUUCCUGACUAAGGUGACGCAGGCAGUGGUGUGGACGGUGGCUGAUCUGACGAAGGGGAGGUGCGGGCCUGGUGGGCGUCUCUCUGUCUCCACGCUCUUCUCCAUCAUGGGUAAACCUCAGGCGUCUGAUCAAGAAAGAAGUCUACCGCUGUCUACUGUGAAAGAUACCCUUGACUUUUUACACUUCCUGGGUCUGAUGCAGCCGCCGCCUCCACACGCGUGACAGGGCAACACAAGGCAACACAGGCAACACAACGCCGCUAUUGAACCCCACCGGAUAUACGAGAGGACCAGAAGAGACCUAUUUUUUUAUCCUCUAAUGGCAAAAUAUUCACUUUACCUCGUUCAUGUGUGUAUUUGUCCGUGUGUGUGAGUGUGUGUGCGUGUGUAGCGAUUCACGUUCCCGGAUGAUACUUAUGCUGUGGUUUGAGAGCAAUAACACAACAUUGAUCCAAA